AUGCACAGACGUGGGUUGCGAAUGCAGCGGGUUGUGAAUGUGCAUCCCGCAUGGAUCACGUUCGCAACCCGAGCGUCCUUGGAAUUUCCUUGGAAAAUGGAUUUCAUUAGCAGCCAGUAUUCUGAAAGCGACAUAAAGGUAGUUACCCGAGAAGCAGAAUCUGUCCACUGCUUGUUACCUUUCCACAAACUCUUAGCUGCACUUAUAGAGGGACGCCCCCCCUGCUGGCUUUCCAUCUGUCAGGCCUGCUGUGUAUGUACUCUUGUCUACUUCAUGCAUCUCGUUUGGAUUGACCUGUUGUCUUCUCAAAGUUCCUGCCACAAUAAACCAGUUGGUUUUGUCAUAGAGCUUUCUUUGUCUGAGUUCCAGUCGGUAAGCCCUCACCAGAAACGGUUUAUUUUAAAAGCAAAUAAACACCCCCCCCAUCCAAAAGCUACAUUUAGAGUCUCAAAAUUGUAG